UUUAAUAUUUUGUUGUUAGCUAUACAAGAAAGAUCAGAGGCUGUCUUAAUUACAGCUCUACAAUGUAUUACUAGUUUCAUCUCUCCGAAGAGCUUUCUCUUGACAAGUGCUCUGCCUCUCUUCAUGGAUCUCAGGAGAGUGAAAAAUCUUCAGGCCCUGGCUAAAGUAUACAGUCAAGAUCCUGGACUUGUGGAAGCCAACCAACUUACCUUAUUACGCACUCAUGUGGAGAAUAUAUUACAUACUCACACAAACAUCUCUGGGAGAAAGGCACUUGAUGAGGAAGAGGAAAUCACCAACAGUGAUGAACAUGAUUUAGAAAUGGAUGAGGACUCUGAAAGCCUUGAAGCAGACCAAGAUACUCCCCAAGAGAUGGGAGAUGAAAAUAUGAGACUAACGAGUGAAAUGAUGGAUCAGGCUGAUGAAAAGAGGGAAGAAGCUUUUGAUGCCAUUGAAAAAGAUGACCUCCAAAGAGCCACAGAACUGUUUACUGAUGCCAUCAAGUUGAACCCACAGUCCAGUGUCACAUAUGUGAAUCGAGCAAGUGUCUUUGUGAAACUGAAGAAACCUAAUGCUGCCAUCAGAGACUGUGACAAAGCUUCUGAGCUCAACCGAAAAUCUGCACAGCCAUAUAAAUGGCGAGGAAAGGCUCACAUGCUCUUAGGGCACUGGGAGAAGGCUGCUGAGGACUUCACCAUGGCUUGCAAACUAGACUGUGAUGAAGAAACUAAGGCUUUGCUUCAAAUGGUGCAGCUUAAGAUCCAGAACAGCAUGGAGUAUCGUCACAAAUAUGAGCAAAAGCUAGAGUUAAAGGAGAUUCAGGAAAGACUAGAAAAAGUCAGACUGGCUCUGGAGGAGCAAGAGAGAAUCCAAAGAGAGGAGAAUUCCUGGGAUGAAAUGGCUAGAGCAGGGAGGAAACAUCUCAGAUCAUUCCUUACUCUUUUGGAUCCCAGGGUAAUGAUGGCAUUCUUGGAUGUGGUUUGGAAUCCAGAAAACAUCUACAAAUAUCGAAAGAAAAACAUACUAAUUAAGUUCACUCAAAAACCACAUUAAUUUGAAGGUCAUCUAUAAGCGGCCUCAUAACUAAAUAAACACACAGUUUGAGAGCGA